UCCGAGGGAGAGGAGCUAGCCGCCAUUUUCUAAGCGUCUCUCCCUAAAACGAGAGAAAACGGCUCGCGGCGAACUGCCAUCAGGAUUACCUCUUCCUCACCGGGAAUCGGACUUUUCGGUAAAGGAUUGCUGCGAAAUCGCCUACGUUGGAAGUAAUUUGGGGUAGAAAGGACGGUUUCGCGGCCUUGCCCUUAUAUUCGGCGAGGCUAGCUGGCGAGCAAGGUGUAGCUCGUUGAUUCGCCCAUUGCUGUAUCCGGAACGAACCCGAGCGGCUCUGCGCUGUGGACCCGGGCCCUUUUCCUCCGCUCUCUGAUUGCAUGUAUUAUUUUUGGAUAUUAAUUAAUGGCUGAGUGAUCGAGUCAAAGCGCCCCAUUUUGUGUGUGUGCGCGCGUGUUAGCACCCUUGGAUUUUUUUCCAUCAGAAACUGCAGGGGAUUGUUGCCGAAAUUCCCUCGGAUAGUGCAACCUCGUCACGUGGCUGUCCUCAGGUGGGGCAGUAAGCGGGUGGUGUGGAGCAGGCCGCGGUGCCCGUCCCUCUGCACUGCAUGGCUGCGAUGGCGCCCGCUCUCACCGACGCCCCAGCCGAAGCUCACCACAUCCGCUUCAAACUGGCUGCCCCAUCCUCAAGUCUCUCACCAGCCAGUGCAGAGAACAACGGUAACGCCAGCAACAUCCUCAUCCACAGCAGCGGCCCCGCCAAGUGCAAGGCCACCUCCGAAGAGUGCCCCCUCGACUUUUGCGGCGGCAACCAGGAACAGCAGCAGCCACAGUCCCAGUCCGACUCUGUGUCCCAGGCUUCCGCCUUGGGCAAACUCCAGCCACUGGUGGCUUCUUAUCUCUGCUCUGAUGUGACACCUGUCCCUUCAACUAAGGAGUCAAUCAAGCUGCAAGGAGUCCUCAUCAAACAGUCUGUGCUGAAAAACCACAGAAUACUGCCCAGCUCCCUGCUCAACGGCAGUGGAGACUUCCUCCUCAGGAAGAGGCAGGCAAUUGAACUCUCAGGCGGCCAGCUCAAAAGUCUCAUGAGCGGCAGCACCAACGGAAGCGGCCAGCCCAUGGCGCCCGUCAACGGCCUGGCCAAGAAGCUGGCCAACAUGUCCAGCUCUGGCUGUGUAGUUGCGGUGAAUGGCGACAAGCCUCCCGCCACCACAGACUCUCAGACCCAGAACCUGCCCUUUGACUCCGAGACCUUGACGGCAACCUUAAAAGGGCACAUCCCCAUGAAAGGAACUCUCAAACAGAGGCAUUCCUCCGAGGAUUCUCAAAACAUAGAUGGGCAAAACCUUGAACCGCCAGUGCUUCAGUCCGCCACGCUUUCUCCCUUUACCAAUGACAACCCUAAUCCUGCUGAACAGGUGAAUUUGGAGGAUGCUGAUCCACAUACCCCUGUGAGUCAGCUUCAGGGUUCUGAUGGAGAGAGACCAGGCAGCAGUCAGCAGGGCUCGCCGCCAUGUACGCCUGCACCUCAGCCUCCCCUACCCUGCGGUUCCUCCUCAGACAGCCUUGACACUCACGUCAGAGAACGCACUCUUAUCAACAGCAGCCGCCAGGCCGAGAUCGAGAGCCGGCUGCGACGCCUGCGCAAACGUCUUCAGGUGGUACAGGCAAAGCAGGUGGAGCGGCACAUCCAGCAGCAGCUGGGAGGCUUCUUGGACACGGCCUUAAGCCGGCUACUAGGCAGCAACCGGAAAUCAGAGGCGGCAACGCCCACGGCUUCAUGGAGGACCGGACGCCACUCAUCAUCAAACAACAGGGACAGCCUGAGUCGUUUCCUGAAAAGUGGCUCGAUGCCCUUGGAGCUGGAGAGGUUGUAUUUGAGCGGCUCGGCCAACCUUCAUUCGGCAGAAAGCGCCUUUGACUCUGACGUAACAGAGAGUAGCUCUGGAGGGGACUCUGACCUGGAGGAGGAGGAGCUGUCCAGAGUGGACAUUGAGCAGCGGCAUGUCAAAAUAUGGAAGCGGGCAGAGAGCCGCUACACUGUGGAGAGAGCUGCCAUCAUCAGCCACUGGAACUGGCUCCAGGCUCACAUCUCGGACUUGGAGUACCGCAUCCGACAGCAGACGGACAUCUACAGACAGAUCCGCGCCAGCAAAGGCUCGGUAGAGCUGGGAGGCGUUUCUCCAAGCGGGGUGCUUGCAGGUGGGACAGAAGUGAAGGCGGAGCCUGUAAAUACUCAGGAUGCCGGUUCAGAACGGCUGGAGCACACGGGCACCGCCCACAUCAGCAGCACAGAGCCGGGCCCUUGGAAAGGUCAAAACGGACAGCCAGUCAACGGCGUCCUCAGCAGGAUGGCGGAGAGCACGGAAGCCAAGCACCAGCAGCCAUUAGCCUACGACGGCACGUGCGUGGCUGCGCGCACACGGCCGCUAAUCAGCUGCCGCCGGCGGCGACUCAUUCAGCCCAACACUGUGCCCAACGUUAACGGCAAGGCCCAGAGGAGCAGCUGUAUCCAGUGUAACUGCAGGGUUAACCCCAGCUGUGUGAUGUGCGGUGGCUGGCCCACCCCCAGAGAGGACCCUCAGUACGAGCUGCCCACCCUGGAGCGCCUGUCAAGGCUGGAUCUUGGCGUCCAUCCCAUCCUCUCCUUCCCCGACGAUGUUUGUAUAGGUCUGCGUCUGCAGCAGGUGAUGAAGAGCCAGUGGCAGACCAAGUCACUGGAGAGGAGCAAACCACUGAAGAAGCUCUCCCUCAAACACAAGCUUUCCUCGUCCAAAGAGAAGCACAAGUUCACCAACUCGCUUAUGGCAGUCAGUGUUGCAGGACUGGGCCACAAUAAGAACCGUGCUGAGAAGACGAGGACCGUGGACGGCAGCAUGGGUGGUGUCAGCAGCAGCAGCGGUGCCGUGAUGAACACGACCAGGCUCGAGGGUCAGGCCGUGUGCAAGACUGAGCGGCUGCAGGCCAUCUCAACCCCGUUAGGGCCCUACGACAAGAACUAUGGCCGCAAGAGAUUAAGAGAGCACUCUCUGGACAGAGCGGACUCCUCCCCCAAACUUUUCCUGGACUCGAGCAGCCCCUGCACGACUCUAGCCAACAUGCACUCGUCCCUCCACAGUCCCCUAACGCGCCAGCUGUCCACGUCUUCUGAGAACUCUGCACCACUGGGCCCAAGCAGCCAGAGCAUCCCGAGCACACCUCAGCAGCCAAUCAAGAGGAGGCGAGGUGAAAGCUCCUUCGACAUCAACAACAUAGUAAUCCCCAUGUCUGUGGCUGCCACCACCCGCGUGGAGAAGCUUCAGUACAAAGAGAUUCUCACACCCAGUUGGCGAUGUGUGGACAUCUUCUUGCAGCCCAUAACUGAAGAGGAGAAUGAACGGGAGGUGGAGGACCUGUCAGACACAGCCUUCAUCCAGCUCCAUCAGCCCUACGAGGACCAGGAGCGCACCCGCUGGACUUGGAGGGCCCUGGCUCCCGCCAAGAGGAGGGGCAGCAGGUCGUACAAGUCCGUCGAUGGGCGGACCACGCCGCUGCUGUGCGGGACCAACCCUCCCACCCCUCAGCCCGCAUCUCCAGACCCAGGCCACUGCCCGAUGCUGCACGACUACAGCCACGUGCCGUCGCCUAUGAGUCCCGCCAGCCCCGACACCGCCUCCAACCCCCACACACCCUGCUCGAGAGACUCCCACCGGCUGCUGUCCAGCGAGGACACGCGAUGCUCCACGCCAGACUUCACCUUUGAAGAGCGGACGGUGGCGCCUUGGGAACGCCGCAGCUUCCCCCUGCCCGAAGACCCGGCCCCGGAGCCCGAGGUUGAGAGCGACCCCAACAUGAGGCCCAGAAUGCGCAGCAUCUCAGGUUGCCGAGCAACGGGCUACGGACGCCUGGAUUCGGACGACGCGGAGCCGCUGCUCGACGAUGACAGCAGCAGCGGACCCAAACACAAGUCCUCCACCCACCGAUGAAUGAGGGCCCCCCCCCACACACACACACACCCACCGCCCUCUUCUCACUCUCACACACAGCUCCUCUCUGGCAUUAACAAGCAGAACCUCAGCGCAGAAUAACAUUAAAUGGGUUCCUGUUGUUUGAUAUUCAAACAUCAGUCUAAUACUUUUCACAGUUUUUAGUGAACAUUAUGGAGAUAGAAGCCUUUCCCGACACUUGUUUUUUGUCACACGAAAGAAAAAAAAAAGAUAAAUGUAAAAAAAGUAUAAAAAAUAUGUUACAAAAAUUUCUGUAGUAGGCUAAAUAAUGUACAUGGGGGCUUAGUGGUGUUUCAUACGUCGCGUGUACUCUUCGUAGCGCACUAUGUAGCGGACUCCUCAAAAAUAUGGCCAAAGGGUUUCUUUCUUUUUUUUUCUAUUGACUAGUUUGCUUGUAAUUCCCAUGUACAUUUUUAGUGGAGUGACAAAUAACAAAACAAGGAAAAAAAAAAAAAAAAAUCUGCCCUUCCUCCUCCACUCACCCACCCCCAGACCCUCCUCAUCCAAAUAAACAGGUACAUUUGAGAUGUGGUUCCCUCCUCCCCCUCUAGAGGUCGCCUGAAAUCACCAGAGCACUUCUUCAAACUGCCAAGUCUGCUUUGCUUCGUUAGUUUUUUCCAUUCCUCGUGUUUAUUUUCUCGCUCUGUUUCUGUUCAGACUGAACUCGUCCUCUUUUUUUGUGUUUUCUUUUUCCCCUUUUUUUCUGUUUUGAAUAGUAAAUCAUUCCUGUUUGAGAGCUCCUGCAGUCACCACCUCUUUCAGUUCAGUUUCAGAGAGGGUGGCACCAACAUGCCGUUUAUAAUUUUUUAUGUUUUGUUUUUUUUUUUUUUUUUUUUAAAGCACUUACCCAUCAAAGCGCCGCUGCUGCAUGCCAACAAACGCUCGUGUCCGAUCACGGCGGCUCAAAGGUUUCCACUUUAAAAAAGGAAAUGAAUCAGCUGAUCUCACUCCUCCUGUUAGAAAUUGCGGUGCGAUAAACGGACGCCUGCUCCUUCCUCCUCUCACAUUUCACAUGUAGCAGCUCUCAGCCAGAAGCCGCCCUGAGCUCAGGUUCUUCAAGGGAAAAUCUUCUGCUGCCCCCCCCCCCCCCCCGAUCGAUCACACCUAGACUGGAUUUUUGUUUUCACCACAUCCUCCAUAUAAUCUCCUCCUCAUCCUCCUCCUUCCUCCACCUUAAAGUAACUAAUUGCUAUGCAAAAAAAAAAAAAAAAAAAUCUAUGGUUGUUUUCAUUUUACACCUUUUUAUGCCGCAGCCAUUCAGUCACUGUUAUUUUGGUUUUGUUUUUUUGGUAGUUAAGCGAGAUGUCAGUGUACCUGUUUGAUUGUUGCAGCAGUUAUAACCUAAUCAAAAAGCUCAAUUGUUUUUCUUUUUUGUAAAUAGUACCAUUAAAACAUUUAUGUUUAACUUGG